AUGGAUUUAGUCAACGAGUGUUGGACAAUGGAUGUUGAGAAACGUUGCGAUUUCCAGUAUAUAAUGAAAAAGCUUGCAAUUCUUCGAAUCAUCUAUGUGUCUCCAGAGCUGAACCAUAUGACAAUAGCCAAGUUGAAAAAUGUAAAAAUAUUGAGCGAAAAAGAUGCGGAAUUACAGGAAGCUAGAAAUGAGAAUGAAAAAGAAAUGUUGUCAUCAAAAUCCACAAAUUCACGAAGUCCAGUUGCCGCGAGCAAUGAGAAUCGAACACACCUUCCCAGUAAUGUUGCAUUCGGUCCGAAGGUUGGAAGCAGAGCAAGAAAUGAGCUAGCAGAGCGAAAACGGAGGGAAAGACAAGCUGAAGUAUUAAGUCAAAAUAUUUUGGGACAUAUCGAAGAAGAAAUGAAAAAGAUUUUACGUACCAAAUAUUCGAAAAGUGGUUCUAGGAGAGCUUUUGAUCAAGCAAGAAAAGGAACCAAAGAAGAACGCAAGAAGUCCAACAGAGAUAUUAGAACAGAGAACACAAAGUCUGUUUUUGAAGAAGAACGAGCAAGUGAAAGUGAAAACAAAACGUGGGAAGGUAAUGGCUUACAUUCAGAGAACAUCCCAAGGAGCAGCUUAAUGAAAGUGAAGAAAAGACAGAUUUCAAAAAAACGCAAAGGAAAAAGUAAAUGUCAAACAACUGAAUUAAGGCCAUUUCAAGAUAGCACGAAAUGCUAUGAAAUGACUUAUGUGAAAAAACCUACAAAAAUACCAAAAACAGAUAAUGAAAAUCAACAACAGAAGCAGAUUUACUCAAAAGACUCUCUUGAAAUGGAAAGUCAGAAGAAGAAAAAACUGAGAAGUUUGCGGAACUUAACAAAAAAUCGACAUGAGAUGUUACGUGCUGCAACAGUAGAGCAAACAAGCGAAAAACACAUUUGCUCUGUUGCAGUGGAUGACUUCCAAGAGAGACAAAAUAGUAAGCAAAGUUCAGUAAAAUCUCCAUCGGAAGUAGCACAUAACAGACAAAGAAUACGGAAGAGUCGACGGAAUUUCUCGAGAGGACAUAAAAAAAAUGCAAGUAGUUCUACGGGAUCACCAAAAAGUCAGCAAGCUAAUCAUAAAACAUCUGCUAAAAUAACGUUUAGUUCUCACGAAACGCAUAUUCAAGAAGAAACCCAAAAAAAUCAGCAAGCCCCGUCAAAACAGUAUGUGCAACUAGCUGAAAGUUCCAGUCAAUCACAAAAUGUAGAGAAAAUUCCCAUACAAAUAAGAAAAGCGCAAAGUUUGCAAGUACAGCAUAAAAAUCUUCCACAAAAACGUGAUCCAUAUGUAAGAUUAGAGCGAAGUCAAGAUUUUACAAAAAAGCCUCAUAAAAAAGCUAAUUCUUUAAGAGAAGGGCGAAAUUUGCAAGUCGCGUUCAAGAGGUUAAAAAAGGUACACAAUAUCGAAAAAGUGUGCAGUCCAAAAAAUUUUCUGAUUCAAACGAAAAAAGCUAGAGAAAAAGUACCUGGUCUUAGAACAGCUGAAGAGGAUUCGGAAAUUGGAGUUCAGAAAUCUGCGGCAAAAGUAACAAGUUUUAAGAUGGCUAAGAAGGACUCGCAAAAUCAGAAAAAAUCUACGGGAAAGGUUCAAUUAAAACACAUAGUACAAAGUCCCAAAAAAUCUAAAAUAAGUUUGCUAAAUCAAUUCAAAAUAUCUGCGAAUAAAGCAAAACAAUCUAAAGAAAUUGGAGGAAGUUUGCAGGAGGAACUAAAAAAAUAUGCGGGAAAAACACAAAAUUCUCAAAGAGUUAAAGAGAUUGCACAAGAUCGAAUUGAAAAAUCUGCCAAAAAAUCGCAAAUAUCUAAGAAAAGCACAGAAUGUUCACAAUAUCAGCCGGAAAAAUCUUUGGAGAAGACAAAAAAUGCUUUGAAAAUUAAAAGCACGCAAGUUCAAGUUCAGAUGGAAAAGCCAUUAGAGUUGUCAAAGAGUAGUGAAGAAAAACUAAAAACUCAACAAAUGCAACGAACAACAGUACCGGAAAUCAUGAAAAGCCACAAGAAGGAUCUGAAUGACAAAAUACCACAUUUUUCCGAAAUUGAUAGCUGCGAAGAAACUCAAAUGAGCAAUUCACUUCCAUCUGCACAAAUUUCAACACAUAAAAAUGCGGACGGUUUAGAAGGAACUCAGGAAAGUCUGAGGACUUAA